GCUGUAAACAAAUGCACGUUGGAUAGAAUUUUCUCAUGUUUUGGUUAAAUCGUCAAAAUUUUGUACUUUAACUAUGAUAUUAUGUAUAUUAAAUUUUAGAUAAUUAUUUUUUAAAAUUGCAUGCUUUUUACAAGGCUCAUUUCUAAAGCUAUUUAAAAUGAAAAAAAUCUAAUAAAAGAAAAUUAAUGUUCUUCACAAUAUUAAUUCUAGAUAUCUUUAUUUGCCAUAUUUAUAUAGAAGAUAUAUACUCUUAUAAAUAAAUUGGUUAAUAUUUUCAUAAAAAAAUAUGGAAUACCAAUUAGAAAGACAACAUCUGUGUACUCAUAUAACUACAAUAAAAACAUUCGAAAAUUAUUUAUUUGUGGCUGAAAGUAACCAGAUUCUUUUAUAUGACUGGAAAAAGAGAAUUCUUUUAGAAAAAGAAGUUGUUUUCCAAAGUUGUUCUGUUCAUGGUAUCAGAAUAGAAACUUCAAAUAAAGUCUUAUUUUUUGGUGCAAAAAGUGUGAGAAUAUAUGUAAUUGAAGUCAAAUCUGUGAAAAGACUUAAGAGUAUAACAGAAGAAUUUUAUUUAAAUGAUUGGAUUCACGAUGUUCAGUGGCUGAAGGAAAAUAGGAAAGUUCCAAACUCUUUUGCUGCUAUUUCGGCUCAUAACUGCUUGUCAGUAUGGAAUAUUAAUAAGACUCAAACUAGCAUCUUUCAAAGCACAGAGAAUUGCAUAUUAUAUGCUGGAUGUAUAAUAUGCUGUAAUUCUGAAUUAAUUGUUGUUGCAGCUGGCACUGUAUUUAAAGAAAUAAUUUUAUGGUCUCCUAAUUCUAUUUCAGAAAGCAAUGGUAGAAAGCCUUCUAUUCACAACUUAACUGGACAUCAAGGAGUGAUAUUUUCCAUCUCUUAUAAUAAACAUUAUAAACUUUUGAGCUCAACAUCUGAUGAUCGCAGUGUGAGACUCUGGAAAGUGCACAGCAAUUCAGCUUUAAAUGAUGACACAUUAGAAUUUUGGGAAAAAGCAGCUAUUCAAGUUUCACAUGUUUUGUUUGCUCAUGAGUCUAGAGUUUGGAUGUCUACUGUUUUAGAUAACUGCAUCUUGAGUGUUGGUGAGGAUUCUCAAAUUUGUUUCUGGGAUUUGAAUGGAGUACUACUGAAAAAGAAGAAGGCUCAUAAAGGUGGUAGCAUAUGGUGCUUAGAAACAGCACACACACUUUCUAUAAAUGAUAACGAUGAAAGCAAACCAAUGAAAAAGUACAUUGCUUUUACUGGUGGCAGUGAUGGUGGUGUUUAUAUGUGGGAUGUAGAAAAUGCAUUUGUUAGUGGAAAAAUCUCACAAAUCUCUCUUCAUUCUAAGGAUAUUUCAUCGACCGCAGAUUUUCCAAGAAUUACUUGCCUUUUAACUGGUAAAUUAGAGAAGCAUUUGAUGGUGACAACUGAUAAAGGAUGGUUAUCAUUGUACAACAUGGAACUUAAAAAUUGGGAGGAUAUUUUCUAUGACAAUGCUUUUUCCUCGUAUUGUGUACCAUCAGUUUCAAUUGGAAGUUUAUAUCUGGCUUUAGGUAGUAUUUCUGGUGAAGUAGCAUUACUGAGUCUAAAAGAUUAUUCGCCUGGAAAAAUUGAAAUAAAAAAAUUUACAGCUCAUGAGAAUAAAAUAUGUUCUUUACAUUGGGUUAAUGAAGCAAGUGAUCAUCUUCUAACAUGUAGCAUCAAAGGACAUAUGAUUUUUUGGAAGGUUACCUAUGAAAAUGAGGAAUUUAAUAUGGUGUGUGUUCAAGAAUUAUUCCUUCCAAAAUGUAAACAUCACUGGUGGUCAACUGCUGCACUUUAUAUCACUUCUGAAGAUUGCAUUAUUGUAGGAGAUAGAAGUGGCAGUAUAUCUAUAUAUUCAAAGCUGCAUACUAAGAUCAAUCCUAAAUCAGAGGAUAAUAAGAUAAUCCCUUGUAUGUCGCACCGUUAUAUCCAUGGGGAUAAUGGUGUUACUGAUAUUCAGCAACAUAAGUCAUUAAUUUAUUCUGCAGGACGUGAUGGAAAGGUUCAGCUCUAUGUUUUACAUGAUAAUAAUUUAAAUUUACUUCAUACCAUCAAGGUUUCACAUGAUUUGGAAUGGAUAGGAAGAAUGCUUUUCUAUGACGAGGACUUACUUUUGCUUGGAUUUCAUACAAAAAAUUUUAUGGUGUGGAGCACUCAACUAGAAAGUUCCAUUAUGACAGUGGAAUGUGGCGGUGGUCAUAGAUCAUGGGAUUUUUGUCUUUCUGAAGAUGGAACUGCUACAUUUGCUGCAAUUAAGAAGAAAGAUGUGAUAUUUUGUUCAGAAAAUUUACAGCAUAUACUUAACAAAUCUUUUUUGAAAACUGGUAUUUCAGGGCAGGAAUUUUGCUGCACAGCUUAUUUGUUCACUAAGAAUAUCAAUACUCUAGGUUCCAUGUCAGUUGUUGCAUGUGGAGGUGAAGAUAAUGCUUUACGCAUUAUUGGAUUUGUUACUGAAGUAGGAAAAGAACAUGAAGUUUUGUCAUUGUGCAAUCUCUCAGGACAUUUGUCAAGUAUCAAAGCCAUCAGCAAGUUGAACUUAUUUGAAGAGAAUGCUUAUCUUGUUGUCUCAGUUGGUGGAAGAGCACAAAUGAUGAUAUGGAGAAUAACAGACGAUAUUUCUGUUCAAGGGCAGCAGUUGGGCUCAUUUAUUUUAUCUGGACUUGGUGAAACAGUAAAGCACUGUAAGAAAGAUAGUAAGAAUAUUCAGUUCGAUCCUCAAACUCGUUUAAUGGAUGUUGCUAUUUGUAGACCUGAAGAACAAGAGUUUUCAUCUGGAACAUAUAUUAUUUCUACUGCAUGUUCCGACAGUUAUUUUAGGAUCUAUACAUUUGAUAUCUACUCAAGAAAAUUAUCCUUAUGCUUUAAUUUACAUCAUGGAGAGCAUUGCAUCUUAAGUUUGUCCCAAAUUUUACUUACAAAUGAUUCAAACAAGAAUAUAUUCUUUGUAACUGGAGCAACUGAUGGAUAUAUCAAAGUUUUUAAUCAAAAGCUCUGCAGGUAUAAGAACUCCAUGCAAAGCAACAUUUUACCUCAAGUUGUUAUGCCUGAUUUGCGGAUGAAAUCUCACCAAUCUGGAAUAAAUGCUCUUGAUGUCAAAGCUAUCAAUGAUACAAACUGGUUAAUUGGUACAGCUGGGGAUGAUAAUGCUCUUUCUUUAUCUAUAGUACAAUUUGAGAGACUUUCAUCUGAGGACAUAAAGUGUACAGAACUUAGCAGAGCUCAAAUAAAAUCUGCACAUGCAUCAGAAAUAACAGGUCUCAAAAUACUCAAUAGGGAAACAAUUGUAACUGCAUCAAUUGAUCAGAGGAUAAAUGUUUGGACUUGGAAACUUAUAGAAGGUGAUCUAGCAAUUGAUCUCGCAAUUUCAAAAAUAUCUCUUAUUCCUGAUAUAGCUCAUUUAGAAGCAUGGCAAAAUAAAAUCACUAAAAUUUGGACUUUACUUGUAUGUGGACAAGGCAUUGAGAGUUUUACUUUUGCUAUGUGUGAUACAAAUAUGUAAAACUGCUUUAAAACAAAAAAGGAUAGCUUUUAUUUAUUCUUUUAAAAAUAUUUUUUUAUAAGCAAAUAAAUUUGUUUUUAUUUUA